AUGAAGAUGAUCACAGAGAACCCUUUCUUCAGGACACACAAAGACCCUGCCAGCACGUUAGGCCCUGAAGAAUAUGUCAUCACGCAUCAGAAACUAAAUAUCCCUGACACUGCUGUCUUUGCCAUUUACCUUGUAUUUAUCUUAGCUGUAGGAUUCUGGUCUAUGUACAAUAGAAAGAGAAGCACUGUCAAAAGCUAUUUUUUGGCGGAAAGGAAGAUGACUUGGUGGCCAAUUGGAGCAUCGCUGUUUGCCAGCAAUGUGGGCAGUGGCCAUUUUAUUGGAUUGGCUGGGAGUGGAGCAUCCACUGGAAUCGCUGUUACUGUGUUUGAGUGGAGUGGAAUGUAUUGUCUGAUGAUGUUGGGGUGGCUCUUUCUCCCCAUAUAUAUUGCAUCAGGGGUCACUACCAUGCCUGAAUAUUUACUAAAACGAUUCGGCGGCCAAAGGAUUCAUUUUCUAAUAGCUUUACUCUCUCUGUUUACCUAUGUUUUCACGAAGAUAUCAGUAGAUAUCUAUGCUGGAGCUGUCUUUAUUCACCUUGCUUUGCAAUGGGACCUCUACCUUUCUGUGAUUGGGUUACUCGUUAUUACUGCAAUUUACACCAUAGGAGGUGGUCUGGCUGCUGUAAUAUACACAGAUGCGUUGCAGACAGUGAUCAUGUUGUCUGGAUCUGUGAUUCUCAUGAUAUUUGCUUUUAUCCAAGUCGAUGGCUACUCGGGCCUCAAGAAGAAAUAUUUUAUGGCCAUCCCCACUAUCCAUGAUCCUAACUCAACCUGUGGCCUACCAAGAGAGGAUGCCUUUCACAUCUUUAAGAGUCCUUCUAAUGCUGACUUUCCUUGGCCAGGUGUAAUAUUUGGAAUAACUGUACUUUCCACUUGGUAUUGGUGCACAGACCAGGUCAUUGUGCAGAGGACACUAGCUUCCAAAACAAUUCUUCAUGCCAAAGGUGGUACCUUAUUUGCAGCCUAUUUGAAAGUCUUGCCUCUUUUCAUUAUAGUGUUUCCAGGCAUGAUCAGCCGAGUGCUUUUUCCCAAUUUUGUGGCUUGUGCGGACCCUACUACCUGUCGUAGAAUUUGUGGAAAUCCAAUUGGUUGCUCAGAUAUCGCCUACCCAUUGUUAGUAAUGGAAUUGCUACCUGAAGGACUGCGAGGCCUGAUGAUGUCAGUAAUGAUCGCUGCCCUCAUGUCCUCCCUCACUUCAAUUUUCAACAGUGCAAGUACAAUAUUUACAAUGGAUGUCUGGCACCACGUCCGACCUCACUGCUCUGAGUGGGAGCUUAUGCUUGUUGGCAGAAUUUUUGUGCUGGUCCUGGUGUUGGUAUCCAUUUUGUGGAUUCCUCUGGUGCAAAUGAGCCAAGGUGGUCAGCUCUUUGUGUACAUCCAAUCCAUUACCUCCUACCUGACACCACCAAUUGCAGUGGUGUUUGUAACUGCCUGCUUCUGGAAACGAACUAAUGAGAUGGCUGCAUUCUGGGGCCUUGCUGCAGGGAUUUGCAUUGGCAUAAUUCGGAUGAUUUUGGAUUUCGUUUUCACACCACCAGCAUGUGGCCAUCCUGAUAUGCGGCCAACAGUCGUCAGCAGAGUUCAUUUCCUGCACUUUUCUCUCAUUCUCUGUGCCAUUACGCUGAUUAUGGUGGUGAGCAUUAGCCUCCUCACAAAACCUCCAACUCCGGAACAGAUCAAUCGGUUGACCUGGUAUACCCGUCAUGACAACCCGCUAAAAAGGCAAAUGCAAGAAGAUCUUGCAGGUAUUGAAGAAUCAGAUACAGCACUAGAUAGAGAUAAAGUUGAGGAAGACUCUGAAGCCAGCAUAGCAGAGGAUGCAGGUGAACAGACAAUGAAAACAAGGGCAGUGCGCUUCUUGUGGUGGAUCUGUGGGAUGGAACCAAAACAUAAGGAUGUUUCUUUUAUCAGCUCUGAAAAAGUGUAUGUCGCCUCACUAUAUGAGGAGCCUCGUCUGCGCUACAUCAUAAAUGUUAAUUUAGUCAUUUGUCUGGGUGCUACUCUCUUUCUUUACUGUUAUUUUGCUUAA